CCUCCCUCUCCUUCAUUCUUUUUCUCUCUCCUUAUCCUCUCUCCAGCCUCACGCACGGUCAAUUACGAGAAGCAGCGUCCUCGCAUAUGGCUGUUCUCAGCGAUCCGGUGGUCGGGGCGGCCCCGCGCCAUGAUCUCCAGUGCCCCCACGGAGGCAUAGCUUCCCGCGCCCCUGUGCGUCCCCGGCUGCCGAGACAACGAGCCAGCGGCCACGGUGGUGCUCUGCUCGGCCGCGUAGGGGCAGGUCCAUCCGUGCAGUGUCGACCUUAUCCUUGGUCCUUCGCCCUUCCUACUCAACAACAAGAUCCGGCGAAGUGGAGCCUUGCUUCUUACUCAGAUCCGGCGAAGUGGAGCACUGUCGCCCACGUCCGACUAAGGCGCUCUGCUCCGCCAGCGCCCAUCCACUGGCGAGCUCAAUCUAGAAUUUGUAUUGAUUUUGUUUCAAAAUAGUUGAUUUGAAGAGUCAUGGUCUUAUGGAGCUAGCAAUGAAUUUAUUAAUUUGAUUUGAGGAGGAAAGGUAGUCUGAUUUAGAUUCCUAUUUUGUCUGGGAUUCGAUACGUGAGCGAGUUGAAGUGGCGGACAGAACAAAGCGGAUAGAAAAAUUGGCAGACUGAAAUUUUCACAAUUUAUUAUUAGGUAUAGAUAUAGAUAUAGAUAUAGAUAUAGAUAUAGAUAUAGAUAUAGAUAUAGAUAUAGAUAUAGAUAUAGAUAUAGAUAUAGAUAUAGAUAUAGAUAUAGAUAUAGAUAUAGAUAUAGCAUAUGUUAUUUAUUCUUUCACAUGGAAAUCGUGAUUCAGAUCGUGCCGUGCCGAUGCAUGUGGCGUAGUAGCGUGUUUUGGCCACGCCACGGUUUUUGGUACGGCAAAAAGUGUUCGAUUUAAAAAUUAAAAAAAAAAACAACGGUGUUAGAUUUGAAAUUUGUUUUUAGAAAGGUUUUUAAAAAAAUGGUCAAGCGAGAGAUGAUGGUGACAUACUAGCUAGCGGCAUUGCAAGCAAGGUCAACGCCGACGCGCGCAUCAUAUACUCCUGCUAGCAGCCAGCUGCUGCGUACCCUACCCAUGGUCGUCGCCGUCGCCGCCAUGGCAGCCCCCUCGCAGUCGCAGAGCGUUUGCAUGAUCGGAGGAGAUGGAGAAACGAGCUACGCCAACAACUCCCAUUUUCAGAGUGGUGCGCAGAGCUUGCUGAAACCUCUGGUGGAGGAGGCUAUAGCCGCCCUGUGCAGACCGGCCGUGCCAUGCCGCGUCGGGGUGGCAGACCUCGGCUGCUCCUCGGGCCCUAACGCGCUUGCUCUCGUGUCCGCCGCCGUCGACUCCCUGCGCCACCAUCACCGCCGCCGUCGUCUUGGGUGCCAGUCGUCAUCGUCACCAGAGCCCAACCGCCGCCGACGGGCGGAGAUCAGCGUGUACCUCAACGACCUCCCGGACAACGACUUCAACCUCGUCUUCAAGGCGGUGCCGGCGUUCCUUGAGAAGCACAUGGGAGCAUCAGGCGGUGACGACGACGACGGCGAUGGCGAUGGGCCGCUGGUGCUGGUGUUGGGUGCGCCGGGGUCCUUCUACGGCCGCCUCUUCGCCGCCCAGUCGCUGCACUUGGUGUGCUCCUCUUUCAGCGUCCACUGGCUCUCCAAGGUUCCACAGGAACUGGCGGAUGGCGUGCUGGUGAACAAGGGCAACACAUGGGCGGGGAGAACGAGCACGCCGGCCGUCGCCGCCGCCUACGCCCGGCAGUUCGAGCAUGACUUGUCGCUGUUCCUGUCGUCGCGGGCCGAGGAAAUCGUGCCAGGCGGGUGGCUGGUCCUCUCGGUCGCCGGCCGGCCGGGGAAGGACCUGUCCAGCCAGGACCGGCAGUCGGAGUUCACCGCCGAGGUGCUCUGCGACAUGGCGGCCCGUGGCGUGGUCACCGCGGAGGACGUCGACUCGUACAACGUCCCCUUCUAUGCCCCCUGCGCCGACGAGCUGCGCGCCGCGGCGGAGCUGGAGGGGUCGUUCGAGGCCGUCCGCGUGGAGAGCCACGCCGUCCUCACCUGCGACGGCGACCCGGCCAAGAGCGCCGCCAUGGCGAGGUCUCUCCGCGUGAUCAGCGAGUCCACGCUGGUCCGGCAUUUCGGCCGGGUGGACGACGUCGGGGGCGAGUUUGCCAGGGCGGCGGAGGCGCGCUACAGAGGCCCUCCCGCUCCGGUCAUGGAAGGCGUCGUUCACGUCCUGUCCCUCAGGAGAAAAUAAUUAAGCUCAGGAUCGUCACGUCCAUGGAUGUAUGCAAGACAUGGCCGACGACGUCGAGAGGCUCGCUCAUCGUCACCAUGGAAAUGGCCGAUGCUGACGCCAAUGGACAGCGUGCAUAGAAUUUUCUUCCCUAGAGGCGUGAGGGUAUAAGUUAAAAUUUCAUGCAUGUCUCGUUACCUUCUUUGUUUCUUCACUUUAAGUCUCUGUAAUUUGUACUCUGAAUUUCAACAAAGUUCCAGUAGGGGGGUCAAACCCCUCCUGUUCCAUCAAAAAAAAAAAAAAUAGUGUCUCCUCCCUUUACAAGGUUGUUCAAGGUCUAUGAAUGACUUUGUCAAAUAAUUAAGCGUGUGUCCGUUCAUUGAAA